CGUUAACCUUAAACCCUAUACGUAUUCCAAAUUGUUCUUGUAUUUGCGAACAGGGCGACAGCAAACGGCUUUGCGCUUUGCCUUUCCAUUGUGCCGUGCCAUAUGUAAGUUGGGACGCCACACGCCAGAACCAAAGUUACAUCAAUUUCACAACAGAAAAUGUAUCAAUGAUACCCAUCGCAAAAGAAAUGGCUUAGGAUGAACGGACGGGCUUAGCGAAGGCGACGCGCUGGCUUCCAAAGCAUCUAGCAGCUCAGGUGCAAACCGGGCAACAUGUUUAAGCUACCCCUCCUCCAGCCCCAGCUUACCGGCCCUAAUGGCAUCGAAAGAAAGGACGGCCAGUCUGUUAUGGCCCCCUUCGCCGGAACUGGUGCCAGAUCUGGCCGGGAAUCGGACCUUGCAGCAGCCGUGGCGGCCGCACAGACAGCCACCUUCGAUGUGCGGGGCUGGUCACGUCAGGCCAAGGAGAUCACCGCCGACCUGACCGCCUCCGACAAGUACAAGAGCCUGGCGCUGCAUGCGGAGGUGCGCCUGGCGGAGGCGCUGGAGCGCUGCGAGCGGGUCAGCCCCGUGGGGCACACGGCGGCGGGGGAGGAGCGGCCCAACAAGCUGCGUACCGCGGUGGCUUGCCAGCUGCUGGGUGAGUUCGCGGAGCUGUGCGGCCCCUUCAGCGGUGUGCUGCUGCGGCUGCGCGAGGAGCUGUUGCGCGGGUUGUACUCCUGGCACUACGCCAGUGAGCGGGGCGGGCUGGGGUUCGACCAGCUGCCGUGGUUCGCGGUGGCGGAGCGGCUGGAGCGGGACAAGGAGGCGAUGGUGGAGGAGCGGGAGGGGUUCAAGGCGCAGAUGAAGGAGCAGCAGGAGGCGGUGGGUCGCAUCGAGGAGCAGAUGGGUGCGCUGCGCCGCUCCACGGAGGCGGCUCAGCAGGAGGCGGCUGCACUGCGCAACCACCUGGAGCGACUGGUGGCGAGUGAGGAGAGCGCACGGCUGGAGGCCAAGACGGGUCGCGAGGAGCUGAAGAAGCUGCGCAAGGAAUACCUCAAGAUGCGGGACGAGCUGGAUGCGGAGCGGGCGGCGCACACAAAGCUGCAGGAGCGCCACGCCGAGCUGACUGAGUUCUCCGCCUCUAAGAUCGAGCAGCUCACCCGGCAGCUGGCGGCGGCGGAGGCGGACGCAAGUGACGCACGCAAACUGGCGGAGAGCCGCAUGCCGCCAGAGGUGUUUGAGAAGCUGCAGACCAACCUGCUAAACACCAUGUCGGAGCUGGAGGCGGCGCUGUCGCACAACCGCGAUGUGGAGGCGGUCAACACCAAGCUGGCGCACCGGCUGGACGUCAUGACGCCGCGGCCGGUGUGGAGGAAGCUGGCGGAGCACAACGUACAGGGAGGUCGCCGCACCGCCGAGCUGGUGCACCGCGUGGAGGAGCGGCUGGGUCGCUACGCCUCCGAGCUGGACGAGGCCAAGAGCCGCCUCUUCCUGGCGGCGGCGCUGCUGCAGCCCGACCCCGCACCCUGCGAGGUGCAGCUGUCGCUGGUGACAGAUGCCAGCGCAUACUUCCUGACGGAGGGCGGCGACGGCACUCCAUCGGGCACCACCAGCAGCCGCGAGGGCGCGCUGGCGGAGCCAUGCGGCCUGGCGCCCAGCGUGCCUCGCUGCCUGCGCUGGGCGGAGCGGGUGCCGCUGGCGGGGUACAGCGUGGAGCAGACGGAGGCGCUGGUGAUGGCGAUUUGGAAGUCCAAGCAGGCCCUGGACGUGUCCUCCACCGCCUCCACCCUGCAGGCCUUCGUGUACUACUACUUCAACCCGCAGGGCCUAGCCAACGCGGACACCGCCAAGCUCUGCUACAGCUUCUACCACGCCGCCUCCUGCCACGCCAAGCUCAGCCCCGUGGUUCGCACCUUCUGGCUCGUCCUCACGGGCCAGACCUCCGAGGCGGCGGCAACCGACCAGCGCAUUAUGGUGUCGGGACUUACCGCGCUGCUGCACAGCCUGCCGCCGGUGCCGCCGCAGGAGGCGGGGAGAGGAGGCGGGGGUGGAGUGGGGGCGGAGGGGAGUCGGUCGGGGUGGGGAGCGGAGGACAGCAGCGGGGAUGCGGGGGCGCCAUCGUCCUCGUCAGACCUGCUCAUCCGCACCGCCGAUGUGGCAUCCGCUCUGGAACGCCUCUUCCCCACCCGCCCGAACUUCCGAAUCAACAAGCUACGAGAAGCCCUGCGCACCCAAUUCCCGGAGGAAACCCUGCCGCUCAAUUCCCUACUGGCGCUGCUUCGCCCUCACGGGUUACAACCUCCACCGCCCUCCUCCGUGCCCUCUACCGCCAAAUCCACUCGCUUCCGACCCGACGUCAUCUCCCGACCGGGUCCUGGCAUCGGGCCCUUGGUCUCUGUGUUGCUUGGACAGCAUAUCGACGAGAUCCAGACGUUGUGUUUGGAGGUAGCCUCACAGCUUUCGGACGUAACGCCUGCGCCGGCGACGGCAUUGGCGGAGGCCGAGGCGGCAGCGGUGGAAGUUGGGGAGACGCCGGCGGAGGUGGCGGCGGUGGUGGAGAAGCUAAGCAGCGUGUUGGGUUCGG